AUGAUCACAGUCAAUGCAACUCUCGGUACAGGCCUUUACUGGCGGGGUGGUCAGAUUCUCGAACUUGGUGGACCGUUGGCGGUGGUUCUAUCUUUCCUCUUAAUCGGAAUGUUGACAUGGGCUGUCAUGCAAUGUAUUACUGAAAUGCUGUGCAUUUGGCCGAUACCUGGUGCAUUAUCAGUAUACGUUAGCCAGUUUGUCGACGAAGAGCUGGGAAUCGCGGUCGGUGUCACGUAUUGGUAA